AUGCAGCUGACUCCCACGAUCGCCAGGCCUGCAGCUGGUGUUCCUGCUCCGCCACCCCAUGACAAGGCAAAAACUUGCAUCUUCCCGAUGCAUCAUAUUCAUCUUGACCUGAAGACGGAGUACCUGGAGGUGAAAGACCCUCUGGUACUGUGGGUGAAGCUUCAACUGUGGGUGAAGCUUCAGGAACGCUUUGGCAAGCAGAAGGCAGUGCUUCUCCCACAGGCCAGGCGUGAUUGGGCACAACUCCGCUUCCUCGACUUCAAGACAGAUGAGGCAUAUAAUACUGCGAUUCACCGUAUCGUGGCUCAGCUUCGCUUUUGUGACCAGAUCAUGACUGAACUCGAGGCUCAGAAUGAACUCUUGAUGAAGAACUUCCACAUGCGCCUUGCUGGGACACAGGCACAUCCUGAAGCACAUGCCAGUUACCACAAAAGCAAUGGUAAAGGUUCUUUCAGAAACAAGGGCCAAAAGUUUCAUGGUCACUAG